AUGGAGAUUUAUUUCCUACUUAUUAUUUACAACUUGAGCAGACGACGAGUUGCUCAGCUUAAAGAGGAGAUUGGUCAACGUGACUCAAUCAUUGUCGAGCUCCGCAGUGAUCUUGAUGCCGCGCGCUCAACUCUCGGUGACUUACGCGGUGAACUUGCAGAUGCACAAAAGCAGCAGCUUGAAGAAGCACUUUUAGAAUCUGCUGAGGUUGGUCAGCGUCUAGACCAAGAGAUUCAUAGAAAUGAGCAUAUGUCAGAGACCAUCAAGGCAUUACAACUGCGCCUGGAACGGGUUGAAAAGGAGUGCGCGUAA